AUGCCAGCCCAGCAGAAGAAAGUCAUCUUUUGCCUAGCUGGGGUGUUCAGCUUCGCUUGUGCCCUGGGGACUGCAGCAGCCAUCGGCACUCAGCUGUGGAUUAGAGGAACGAUCCUCUGCCAGACCGGAGCCCUGCUCGUCAACGCCACCGGGCAGGAGCUGGAGAAGUUUAUCGGGGAAAUCCAGUACGGGCUUUUCUAUGGCGAGCGAGUGAGACAGUGCGGGCUCGGGGGGAGACCUUUUCAGUUUGCAUUUUUUCCAGAUCUGCUCAAAAUUAUCCCUGCAAGUAUCCAUGUGAGUGUCAUUCUCUUCUGCAUGGUGCUGAUCAUCUUUGCCCUGGUGGGAACAGGCUUCUUCAUGUACAACGCUUUCGGCAGCCCCUACGAAACCCUGCAUGGCCCUGUAGGGUUGUACCUCUGGACCUUCAUUGCAUGUUCCUGCGGUUGUCUCAUCCUGAUUCUCUUCUCCUCAGAGGUGAAGAUCCACCACCUUUCAGAAAAAAUUGCUAAUUUUAAAGAGGGAAGUUUUACAUUUAAGACUCACAGCGAACAGUUUGCAGAUUCCUUCUGGAUCAUCCUAGGCUGCUCCUUGGUGCACUUCAUGAACGCCCUCUUGAUCCGCUUUGCUGGAUUUGAAUUUCCUUUUUCAAAGUCAAAGGAUUCAGGGACAACCACUGGAGCAGUCGACCUGAUGUAUUAG